CAUCGCCAAAAAAUACUCAGCGCUACAGAGUACCCUUUGAACAGAAUCUAUAGUUUUGUGGCUGCAACUAAAGACACUUUGUCUAUUGUUUUCCCAUCUUCACGUCAACACUAUCAUAUCAUCUGUCGGCCUCAAGGUGUCCCUUAGGAUCAAUCAUGGCAUGGGACUUGGAGAUCGGAACACCUUGCUGGGUAGCAACCGGUGACGUCGAGAUGCACAGACAGAGCGUCACCCCUCGCCGAGCUACUCCCAAAUACUUCCAAAUCCCGGACAAGAUCGACAUGCCGGGAGUAAUAUACGAUGACCUUCUCGAGGAUGUUCGAGAAGGACUGGAGGAGAUCUUUGACCACCCAGGCUCCCGUGCACCCUUCAUACCAGGGUACCAAGAUCGUGCUGAUGCGAUCGCGCGUGCGAAGUUGUUGCGCGAACACGGCCAGAAAAGCUCGGAUGUCAUGAUGGUGCAUCUGAGGCCUCCCUCUGGAGUCAUCUCUCAUAGAGAGCUGAAUGUUUAUGCGCGAAAGGUUGCUUACAAUGGGGAGGGAUUGAGGGUAGCGAAGAAGAAGGUUUAUGUUAUUUGUGAACCCUUCACUAAGAGAAAUAUCGAUCGGGUCGAGCCAGUUCAGUUUGAGUGAGGGGGAAUCAGGUGCGUUACAGAUGAGAUCGGCGUUUCUUUUUACUUGAGGUCGGUAGCAGGACACUCUUUGACACAAAUUGCUGCUAGGGGCAUCAUGAUAGCAUGAAUUGAUCUGCAGAUAAUAACAUCUCCAAAGCGCAUAAUAAACUCAACAUUCGAAAGUCAGGACAAAAUAUACAAUACGG